AUGCUCUUUAUUGCUACAAAGUUUGUUGCUUUUUUUAUAUUCUCUUUGUUUAAACGGUUGUCUUUGCUUUCUUUUCUAUCAAGUUAUAGCAUCGUUAAAUUGCCAGAAGUCUCGUCCUUAUUCUCAGACAAUUUGAGAAAGUAUCUACUCUCACUUUUCUUUCAUUCCUCACAAUCUUUUUACUCUUUCAUUCUUUCAUUCUUUACUCAUGGCGCUUUUACUCAUCAUUUGCUUUUUUCAUUCUUUUCUUCACUCUCUCUCUCAUUUUUUCCCUCUCUCUCAUUCUUUUCUCUUCUAACUUUUUCAUUUAAUUCUUUUUCUCUCUCUCUCAUUUUGCUCUCUCUCUCAUUCUUUUACUCCCUCUCUCCACUCCCUCUCUCUAAUUCUUUUCUCCCUCUCUCUUCAUUUUUACUCCUCUCUCUCUCCACUCCUCUCUCUCUCAUUCUUUUACUCCCUCUCUCUCUCAUUCUUUUACUCUUUCUCUCUCAUUCUACUCACUUUCUCUCUCAUUCUUUUACUCCACUCUCUCUCUCAUUCUUUUACUCCACUCUCUCUCUCAUUCUUUUACUCCACUCUCUCUCUCAUUCUUUUACUCCACUCUCUCUCUCAUUCUUUUACUCCACUCUCUCUCUCAUUCUUUUACUCCACUCUCUCUCUCUCUCUCUCUCUCUCGUUCUUUUUUUCUCCCUCUCUCUCUCUCUCUUCGUUUUUACUCCUCUCUCUCUCUCGUUUCUCCACUCUCUCUCUUUUACUCCCUCUCUCUCUCGUUCUUUUACUCCACUCUCUCUCUCUCGUUCUUUUACUCCACUCUCUCUCUCUCGUUCUUUUACUCCACUCUCUCUCUCUCGUUCUUUUACUCCACGCUCGCUCUCUCUCUCUCUCGUUCUUUUACCUCACGCUCGCUCUCUCUCUCUCGUUCUCUCUCUCUCUCUCGUUCUUUUUUUUUUCUUUUAUUCCUCUCUCUCUAGUUCUUUUACCUCCUUUCGCUCGCUCUCUCUCUCUCUCGUUCUUUUACCUCUCUCUCUCUCGUUCUUUUACCUCACGCUCGCUCUCUCUCUCUCAUUCUUUUACUCUGCACUUGUAUCUAUAGAAAUGUUUUUUUUUGGUUGGGGGGGGGGGCACUGUCUUUUUUUCUUUUUUUCCUUUUCUUUUUCAUUUUUCUUUUUUUUCCUUUUCUUUUUCUUUUUUCUUUUCUUUUUCAUUUUUCUUUUUUUCUUUUUCAUUUUUCUUUUUUCCUUUUCUUUUUUCUUUUCUUUUUUCUUUUUUCUUUUCUUUUUCUUUUUCUUUUCUUUUUCUUUUCUUUUUCUUUUCUUUUUCUUUUCUUUUUCUUUUUUCUUUUUUCCUUUUCUUUUUUCCUUUUCUUUUUUCUUUUUCGUUUUCUUUUUUCAUUUUCUUUUUCCUUUUUCUUUUUCAUUUUCUUUUUUUCUUUUUCAUUUUCUUUUUUCUUUUUCGCAAACACAAAUAACUUUCUUUUCUUUUUCUUUGUUUCUUUUCCUCAUUUUUUUCAUUUCUUUACAACUUUCGCUUGUUUCUUUUCUUGUCACUCUUUUCCUUUUGUCUCUCCUUUUCUUUUGUCUCUCUUUUUCUUUUGUCUUUCCUUUUCUUUUGUCUCUCUUUUCCUCUUGUUUCUCGUUUCCUCGUCUCUCUUGUCUCUCUCUUUUCCUGCCUCUCUUGUCCUCCCUUUUCUUAUCUCACUUUUCCUCUCUUUUCUUGUCUCACUUUUCCUCUCUUUUCUUGUCUCUCUUUUCCUCUUUUCUUGUCUCACUUUUUCUCUCUUUUCUUCUCUUUUCUUGUCUCUCUUUUCUUCUCUUUUCUUGUCUCUCUUUUCCUCUCUUUUCCUCUCUCUCUUUUCCUCUCUUUUCCUCUCUCUCUUUUCCUCUCUUUUCUUGUCUCUCUUUUCCUCUUUUCUUGUCUCACUUUUUCUCUCUUUUCCUCUCUCUCUUUUCCUCUCUUUUCUUGUCUCUCUUUUCCUCUUUUCUUGUCUCACUUUUUCUCUCUUUUCUUGUCUCUCUUUUCUUGUCUCUCUUUUCCUCUCUUUUCUUGUCUCUCUUUUCUUCUCUUUUCUUGUCUCACUUUUCCUCUCUUUUCUUGUCUCACUUUUCCUCUCUUUUCUUGUCUCACUUUUCCUCUCUUUUCUUGUCUCUCUUUUCCUCUCUUUUCUUGUCUCACUUUUCCUCUCUUUUCUUGUCUCUCUUUUUCUCUCUUUUCUUGUCUCACUUCUCCUCUCUUUUCUUGUCUCUCUUUUCCUCUCUUUUCUUGUCUCUCUUUUCCUCUCUUUUCUUGUCUCUCUUUUCCUCUCUUUUCUUGUCUCACUUUUUCUCUUUUCUUCUCUUUUCUUGUCUCUCUUUUCUUCUCUUUUCUUGUCUCUCUUUUCUUCUCUUUUCUUGUCUCACUUUUCCUCUCUUUUCCUCUCUCUCUUUUCCUCUCUUUUCUUGUCUCUCUUUUCCUCUUUUCUUGUCUCACUUUUUCUCUCUUUUCUUGUCUCUCUUUUCUUGUCUCUCUUUUCCUCUUUUCUUGUCUCACUUUUCCUCUCUUUUCUUGUCUCACUUUUCCUCUCUUUUCUUGUCUCACUUUUCCUCUCUUUUCUUGUCUCACUUUUCCUCUCUUUUCUUGUCUCUCUUUUCCUCUCUUUUCUUGUCUCUCUUUUCCUCUCUUUUCUUGUCUCUCUUUUCCUCUCUCUCUUUUCUUUGUUUCUUUUUGUUAUUUUUACAGCUUAUCAACCCUUUCUGA